GUGCAACCUCGCCCCCGACGUCCUUUCCGAUGCAACCCGCGCUGCCAUGAUAUGUUCCGUGUCCAACAGCACGGAGGCGUGCGUCGCAAUAUGUCCCAAUCCAGACCUGGCGGGGGUGGGUGUCCGCACCGCGUUCUACCUCCAGAGCGUCAUGAACACUCUCCUCGUCAUCCUGUCACGUCGGGACUCCGUGCCAAGCGCGUGGGCCUCCACACUGCUCACUGCCUCGCUCAUCAUCGCCGCCAUGGUGCAGAAGGGCAACCAAUCAAUCACACUGCACCAUGCCACUUUGACCUUGAACUUCGCCACACUAUCUUGCAUUAGCUCCCUGGCCGUAGCUCCGACACUGUCUAUCUGGCGGCUCUCACCAGAGAGCUACUACAACCGGCAACUCGCACGGCACGUCCUCGACACCAUCCACGAGGACCGUGACAGCCCCACGCGCAUCUCUAGCAAGGACAAGGCCAAGGUCCAGAAAGCGCAGGGCAAGCAGCGGCUCUUCCUCGCGAUCGCGCUUCUCACUCAGGUCGUGCUCCAAUGGGCAUGGGGCGUCGUGCUCUUCGUCUCCCCAGCGUACAGCCAGAAGAACUGCAGCGGCGGGACGACGCUCAUCUUCUUCCUCGCCUCCUUUACCGCGAGCGAGAUCAACGACAAGUACAUGGUCGUCUGGGUCUUCUGGCUGCUCUUCUCCCUUGGGAUCACCCUCGGCAUGACAAUCAUGCUCGCGCUCACGAGUCCUGCCCGCGCGCGGCUCGCGACGGCCUCGAACUCGUCUCGCGCGUCCUCGCUCGCAACACGCUCCUCGUCUAUGGCUUCCACCUCCCGCCACACGUACAGAUCUAGCCUGGCAGAGCUCUUCCGGUCGAUGUGCAAGUCCUUCCCGGCCUGGAAGGACCGCGACGGGCAGAUCGUCUUCUGGUUCAACGUCGCGGCGGUCGUGCUCUGGCUCGUCUACAUUAUCUCUGCCGAAAUACAGAUCCAGGCAAACUGCAUCUUCGAUGGGGAGAACAUCAUCUCCAGCUUCGGCCAGAUCACGGCGCUGCUGCUGUCCAUGCAACCCCUGUGGAGCGUGAUCGUCGCGGUAUACAGGCUACCCGCCAGACAGCGCAGAAUAGAGCGUCGGCGCAAGCGCGAGGAGCAGGAGCAGCUGCAGGCCCUCGACGGCGCAAAGGCCCCGCUGUCACCAACCACCGCGUCCCUGCACAUCACGCUUCCGGGCAACGGGCCCACAUCCGCCCCCGGGUCUCCCGUGCGCGGGCGGUCGCGCUCGGUCCUGGUAUCUGCAGACCGCUUCGCGCCUACCGCUGCCGUCGUGGCUGCCCCGAACGGCGAGCGCAGGGUACCGACGCCCGCCAGCCCCGGCCGUCGACGCGGCGGGAUGCGCUCGCGCGCCCCCGCUACGACCACGGGCACCCACGCGGUGAUCGACGUAUACAUCCCGCGCACGCACACGGAGGAGUGGAACGAGCUGGUCUCGCUCACGCACCUCCCGCGCGCGUCCGCGUUCUCCAUGCCCGGCAACCCUCUGCUUUGAUCCUCUUUGUUUUUAAUCUAUUUGUACGCUAUCUGGGGGCUUUAGAGCCUCCCCCUAUCUCGCAUCCUUGUACGUGUACAGACGCUCUCUCGCCGCAUAGUUUUCGUUUCUUGUAUCGCUCCUGCUCGCCCGCAUAGUCCCGUAUCCUAGCUACCCUGUAUAAGCCCCAGCGCUGAUGUACCCCACGCAUACC